AUGGAAAGAGAAGCUUUUCUUCGAUCUUUGAUAAUUUCGUUUAUUGAUCAAUCAAGAAAUGAUAUAAAAGAAGAUAAUGAAACUGUUGAUGAAGUAUUAAGUUAUCUCACGAAAGUUUGGAGUUUAUCAAUUGAAGAUAAACCAGUUUGGAUGCAAGGAAAUCUACUCGAUCUAAUACCUGAUGAUGUAACAGAUGAUUCUAUAUGCAAAGACCUAAUAAUUCGUGGUAGAAAAGAAUUUGGAUACGGCCAAUAUGAUACAGCGCGUGAUCACUUUUUAGAAGCAUUAAAAAUAAAGGAAACAGAUGAAAUAUAUCAAAAUCUAGUCAAUUUAGAAAUCAAAGAGUCCAAUUACGAUGUUGCACUUGAAUAUUGUCAGAAAUGCUUAGAAAUAAAUCCAAAAAACUCACAUAUUUACUUGUUUCUUGGGUUUUGCUUAUGGAAUUUAAACAAAAUUUCUGAUGCGAAGCGCGCUUAUCAACAAGGGCUCGAUAUUUCACCAGAAAAUCAAUCACUUCGGCAGGCUCUCAACUUUAUUGGUCCAUCGGAUCCAAGUGUAUUACCAAACAUUGCAGAAUUAAUCUAUAAGAAGAAAGAUACUCCAGAAUAUGCCGAUUUAAUGAAUAAUCAUGAUAUUCAGAUGAUUGUAGAAUCAAUUCUUCAAGAUCCUUCAUGUGUUUCUAAGUUUUCUUCAAGUCCGAACUUUUCCAAAUUAAUGGAAGUUUUAGUUGGUGAAUGA